AUGCAACCAGAUAAUAUACAAAAUAAUCAAAAAGAUGAUGAUGACGAACCAGAUGAAUGGGAUCAAAGAAUACUAAAGACAGGAUGUCAUCAAGAAAAUUUAAAUCUACAAUUAUGUCAUGCUGAUACUGGAGAUUGGAGAAAAUGUCUAAAAGAAAUGCAAGAAUUUAGAGCAUGUUGGGAAAAGAAUAAAAAUAAUGAAAGAACUUCAACUGUUGAUAAUUAG